AUGGUCGAGGAACAGCGUCUUGGGAUCGUUCUCGUCCUCUUCAAACGGCACGGCAAAGCUGUUCGCCACAUUGAUCGUCUUGCCCAUGUCCUGGCCCAGCAGCACGCCGACCACGCGCUUCCGCGCACUGAUGGCCAUGCGCGAUGCAUGGCUCUACGCACCUCCUCCGUCGUCGGCAUCGCAAGGUGCCUUGUCGCAGCGCUCGCAUCUCCGCCACGCACACCCGAUCACUCACGUGAUGUCGACGCGCUAGGCGGACGCACCGGCCAGGCCCUCCCUGCUGGCCGGCGCGGCCCCGCUUGCACCGUGGCCGGGUUUAGCAACGCGCGCGCGCACCGCGUAUGGCCGUGGAUCGAAAAGGCCCGGCAGGAUCCUGCAUGGGAUGCCCCACUCGUCCUCGCGCUUGUGGGGCACGCAUGUGACAUGCUCACGCCCGUGGCCGACCGUGCGGCGGCUGUGCUGCGUCGCUCGUAUGGCCUCUUGUUCGCGUGCCUCCAUGAGGCCCCCCUACGGCUCCAGCUGUACAAGGCCACACACGACCGCGCGCUGUAUACCCUGCUCGACGCGUAUGCCCUCUUCCAGCCGGCGCUCCUGCUCCCUGUGGACGAGCCGGUGCCCAUGGACGGGGGGGCAGAUGCGAGGGGAAUGCCCCUAGAUACCUGGGCGCACGCACUGCCGACGCUUACGCUCCCUGACACGGUACCGGGCCUCGCCAGUGCACAGGUUCGCUCGCGCGUGCCACGUCUGCUUCGCCAUGCCCUCGCCCUAUUGCCGGCGCUCGAGCCCAGCAACAGCCACAGCGUCGGGACACGCCUAGCGGCGUCUGCGGGGCGUCUCCUCGCGGCGCACCAUGCCCACCGCCGCGACAAAGGUGCAGCUCCUCCGGCGGACGUGCCGCCUUUUGACCCUGGCGCCUGGGCGCUGCUGGACGCCCUAUACCUGCAUGUGGCCGCGCUACAAGCCGUGCCGCGCCCCCUAAUGCCGCUCCUCGUGCAUGUGGUGCAGUCGAUGGGCCAGGAUGUACUCACCCACCUCGCGCAGCCCGGCGGGCUCGCGGUGUGGGAGCGCCGGUGGCGCCCAACGAUGCGCCGGCUCGUGCGCUUUUGUGCGUGGCUGCCGCCGCGGCCGUGGGACGAAUUGUUUGCGCCAUUCUUCCGCCCCCUGUGCCACAUGGCGGCUAUGGACGGCGUCUCGGACCUGUUCUCGGCGUCGGUGCUGCAUGGCAUGGUUCGCCUCCUCGAGCACUGGGCGGACUUGGGCGCGCCAGCGACGCCGGCGCUCAUGGCCUGUGCCAUCGAGUGCCAGGAGGCCCUUGUCCUCGAUGGCGAUCCGACGCUGCCCGUCUAUGCGGCCAUGCUCGAGCUGCAGGGGGCCCUAGCGCAUGCCCACUGUGCGGCGGCCACGCACCUCUUCCCGUUUCCUUUUGUCCAGCUCGCUGCGCCGCCGAUGCUGGCCGGCUCAGUGGCCACGCUCGAUCGCGCAUGUGAGCAUGUCCUGUAUAUGCGCACGCAUGUGCUGAGCGUACCGGACAGCGCACUGAACGCGCGCGCUGUGGACGAAAUGGCCCUGGCGCUCGCCGAUAUGAUAUGGAGUGGGCGCGCAUUUGCGCAGUUUCUCCAGCGUGGCAUCACCAUUGAUGACGUGCUCGUGUGCGAUCGGAGCGCCGUCGCAGUCUGGAAGCAGGCCUGCGACGAGCAGCGGAUCGUGCCGUUCGUGCUGGUCGCCUCGCUCUCGCAUGGCGCGCUCCUAGCGCCGCUCUUUGAGCAGUUUUGCCAUGAGUCGCUGCUGCCUGGCAUGGACAUCCGCGCGCCCAUCACGCCGUCGGCGCUGCGCGGCGCGCGCGGCGCGGGCGGACUGCCCGAGCACCUGCAGUACUCCGAUAUCCGGCGCCAGUUUCUGGCAUGGCUGGCCAAGGCGGGCGCCCCCCAUAUUGGGGCGCUGCUGCAGGCCCUCGUGCCGUCGCUGCAGGGCUGA